GUCCUGUACAAAAAGUCAUGAGCAGCUCUGUUCAGUCACAGCUGGACUCAGACUGCUUGUGUAUCUGCAGCUGGAGUCAUGACGCUCAGGUGGAUUGUUCUGUUAUUUGGUCUGGGUCUGGCGACAGCUAAACUAUCAGGAGACACAGAAACUGAUGCUGAUCAAGGACAUGACUGGGAUAUCUUUAACGUCAAUGAAGCUGCCGGGCUGGACUUGCUGGAGGGAGACAUAGAACAAGAUGAGACACUCAGCAGAAAUUCCAUCCUGGGUGAUAGGUAUCGCUGGCCAACAACAAUUCCCGUAUACCUGGAGGACAACCUGGAGAUGAAUGCAAAGGGAGUGAUCCUGAAGGUAUUUGAGCAGUACAGACUGAAGACCUGCAUUGACUUCACACCAUGGAAAGGAGAGGAGAACUACAUCUCUGUGUACAAAGGGAGCGGAUGCUCCUCCUCUGUCGGAAACCAACACGUGGGGAAGCAGCGACUGUCCAUUGGUAACAACUGUGACCGCCUGGGAACUGUUGAGCAUGAGUUCUUGCACGCGUUGGGCUUCUGGCACGAGCACUCCAGAGCUGACCGCGAUGAUUACGUCAACAUCAUAUGGAACCAAAUUACACCUGGUAAAGAGCACAACUUUAAAACGCGGGAUGACACAGUGUCCAGCGCUCUUGGCGUUCCCUAUGACUACGGCUCUGUGAUGCACUACAGCAAGACGUCCUUCAACAUCGGCUCUGAGCCAACCAUCGUCACCAAGAAUGCCAAGUUCAGGGAUGUGAUUGGUCAGAGGAUGGGCUUCAGUGCUAGUGACCUGACAAAGCUCAACCGCCUCUACAACUGCACCCGGUCUUCUACGUUUGUGGACAGCUGUGACUUUGAGGAGGACAACAUCUGUGGCAUGAUUCAGGGUCCAGGACACAGACAGUGGGAACAACGCAGUUCUGUGAGCGGAGGGCCUCAGACCGACUUCUCUAACAUGGGCCAAUGCAAAGGGAAAGGCUACUUCAUGCACUUCAGCACGGCCUCUGCUGAGCCCGAGGAGCAUGCAAUUCUGGAGAGUCGCUGGCUUUACCCCAAACCUGGAGCUCAGUGUCUGCAGUUCUUCCUUCACAACAGCGGGGCAGCUGACGAUCUUCUCAAUAUCUGGGUGCGAGAAUACGAUGAGGCCAACCCCAACGGAAAAAUGAAGCUCUUCAAGAGUAUUUCAGGGGGUUUUAUGGGCUCCUGGGAGCUGCACAACAUCAAUCUGAAUGUGAUACAUAAGUCACGUGUAGUGUUUGAGGGUGUGCGGGGAAACGGUGCAUCAAAAGGAGGUUUCUCUAUAGAUGACAUCAACCUAUCAUCCACCAAGUGCCCUCAGCACAUCUGGCACAUCCGCAACAUCACCCGCCUGAUGGCCACCACAGCGGUGGGAAGUAAACUGUACAGCCCUCGCUUCCUGUCUCCAGCAGGUUACUCCUUCCAGGUAGGUGUGUACCUUAAUGGAAGAAGUGACCGUCCAGGCUACAUGGGCGCCUACUUCCACCUGACCUCAGGCCCCAAUGACCAUAAACUCAAGUGGCCGUGUCCGUGGCAAAUGGCAACUAUGGCCCUGAUGGAUCAGCAGUCUGAUGUCAGACAGCACAUGAACAUGCACCGGAUGGUCACCACUGAUCCUGACAAGAUGUCUUCUGAUGGUUAUGAGUACUACUGGGAUGAUCCCAGGAAGGUGGGCUCAAAGGUGACUUCAUCAGACGGCAGCUCUUACUAUCGAGGCCCAGGCUACGGAACGAGUACCUUCAUCACCCACAGCAGACUGAAGAGCAGAAACUACAUCAAAGGAGACGAUGCCUACUUCCUCUUCAGUCUGGAAGACAUUUCUGAUCUGCUGGAGACUCAGGCGCUUCCUGAAACCAAACAGAUGAAGGCUGCAGACAAUGGUGCACCUCAGGGAGCGGUUUAUGACCACACGAUGGUCACAGUCAUAGCAGGUACUGUGGGAGCGGCCAUGUUGGUUAUUACCGUGCUGGUCGUAGCAAACACCUGGAGGAUGAGAAGAGAGAGUAAACAGGAGAGCGACCAUGCUGUGAUCAUGAAGGAACUGCCAGAAUUCAUGGACGUGAUUGAGCAACCAACAAAAGGUUUACCAUCGUCAUCCACUGCAUGAAGUCUGAACCAAUGAAAAAAUGAGAAGAGAGUUCAUUGAUCUCUACAACUGUUUAAUCAGAUUCUCACCUGAACGUGUGAGAGAAGAAUAAUAAAUCUUUUAAUUCAAGCGUGUCAAA